AUGCUCUUCACCAAGUCUCUCCUCUUCGUCACGGCCAUGGUGGCCCCCACGGUCAUCGCUGCCUGCACGGGAGCACCGUUCCAGGGAACCUGCAAUAACUGCGUUGUCGAGUGCCACGAUACCUACAAUGGGCCCGGCAGACAGGAGUCUCUGCAACGGGCCAGCUGCCAGUUUGCCUGCCUCGCGUUCUGUGACGACUGCGACUGA